GCGCGUCGAAGUGUCUAGAAGGAUCGUAUCGGCGAGUCUAGAACAACCCCAAGCCCCAAGUGGGGGAUAUGAAAAGCGAGGGGAUGCAGCGGGAUUGGCCUUUUUAGCGGAGGGAGGGAGCGGUUUAGCGGGCGAUUAGAGGGGGGUUUGCGCUGCGCCGAGCGGAUUAGCGAAUUGUUAAUUGCGGCGGCGGAGGGUUUGUGGCUGUGCACGCGGCCACGUCGACGCCCCGAUUUUAAACGGAACAGGUGUCGGGAGUGCAGCGUGGGACGACAGUACUCGGUCCAAUCAGGCCCCGGCUUUUUAUAUGCUGGCCCCUCCUCGUUACGACUAAACUAAGCUGCGAUAUUAUUACCAGUGGUCAGGGAACCUCGAACGUUCUAGAACUUGUAGUACCUGAUUUUAGAUUUUUUUUUCUUUUGCUCAUAUGGUAGUGUCGUAUCAUCCCGUUACGACUAAACUAAGUUGAGAUAUUACGAGUGGCCUGGGAACCUCGAAAGUUCUAGAACUUGUAGUACCUGAUUUUCGAAUUUUCUGCGCGUAGUGGUAUGAUAGUGACAUGUCGAAGGAUACGCCAAGUGUCAAUUACUCAAUUACUCACUUGCACUCCUACCUUCCUGUCUCAAGAUAUUUAUAGCCGCCAUAUGCACAGUUCGAUAUGAGGUUAGUGGAAAAAGAAAAGAUCAUAUAUGGCCUUGUUUAGUUCCAAAAAAUUUGUAAAAUUUUUUAGAUUCUUCGCCACAUCGAAUCUUUAGACGUAUGCAUGAAGUAUUAAAUAUAAACGAAAAUAAAAAUUAAUUACACAGUUUGGUCGGAAUUGAUGAGACGAAUUUUUUACAUAAACGGGGUUGUAUUGUACAAUGCAACACAUAAGCAAAGUCACUAUGAUUUUAGUUCUAUAGGCAAAAAUUCUUAAUAGUUAUUAUAAGUUUGAACCUCACCUCGAGAGUUGGAGAAAUUGGCGAGGACAGUGGCGGACCCAGGAUUCGACCAAGACUAGGGCCAAAUCCUAGUGGUCAAAAUCCAAAAACUACAAUCUAUAGUAUAGUUUAUAGGACCAUAUAUAUACACAUGUAUAGCACAGAAAAUAAAAAUUCUCAAGCAAAGUUUGCAAAUUCAGAUAAACUUGAACUAUAUAAUUAAUAAUACGAUAAUAGCUAAGAAAUAUCAAUGAACAUUGAAAAAUAAAUACCUAUUGUCUAGUGAAGAUUUAUUGCAUUCGCUCAAUCACUACUGAAAAAUCAAGAGAAAAAAAAAACUACUGAACUACUAAAAUAUUAAAGAACUACCUUCACUCAAUCACUGCCGAGGGGGUCAGCUGGGCAGCCGGCUAGGCCACGCCCUGCGCCCCUGCCCCAUGGCCGUGGCCCCUGCGCUGCGUCCCUACGGCCCUGCCUCGUGGCCCCUGCGGCGCUGCCUACUUGCGCGCUGCGCCUUUGGUGGCCGACCGGCCGCCGCAGCCGCGAGCUGGCGCCAGGGAGCCUGCUCGGCUACGCUGCGUCUGCCUGCCUGCGCUGCUGCAGGCGCCCACAGGCCAUGGCCACGCCCUGGCUGCGACCGCGAGGAGGGAGGCGCCGAGAGAGGAGGGAGGCGAAGGCGCCGCCGCCGAGAGAGCAGGGCCCCGGCUACGGGCGGAGCGAGCGAAGCUGCGGCCUGCGGGCAUGCGAGCGUGCGGCGGCGUCGGAAGUGGCGCAUUCUUCUUAGAGAACAGGAUGCCCGAUAUUUGGAUGACAAAAUUACAAGAAUGGAGAGCUGGCUGCAGGUUUUUGGAAGAAAAUUGAAGAUCUAGAGGUGGAGAGGGUGCUAUAGGUUUUAGUCUUUUGUGUUCUUUUGUUUUAGCUGGUUUAGCACUUCAGCUUGUGUUGGUGACGUUGUGCUGGUCAUGUGUUGGUGUGUAAGCUCUUUCUAUUGUUGUAGUUUCCGCGCCUUUUUGUAAGCUGGAAUCCCCAGCA